UUUAAUUUUCUAAUAUUUUUUUCUUAUUUAUAAAUUUAAAACAAAUUUUAAGCCAAAAUAAUGGUAGAAAAUAUGUGUAGAGCUUGCUUACUCUCUGAAGAUAAUGAAAUUUCAUUUCAAAAUAUGAGGAUACCAUUUAUGGAUCAGGAUAGUUCAACCAUAGGGAUUAUUUUUAGUAGAAUCAGUACAGUAAGACAUGAUCCAAACGAUGGACUGCCGCAAAAAAUUUGUCAAAAAUGUCUUGAACAGCUAUCUUCUAGUUAUGAAUUUCAAAAGAAAUGCAUUCAAUCUGAUAUAGAACUUAGGAAUUUAAUAGGAAAUGUUCCUGAGUAUGCUGCAACUAAAAACAUUAAAAUAGACAAAGGAAUUAAAAUUGAAACGGGAGAAUCGGAAUUAGAAGCAGAAAUUGAUGAUUGGUUUGUUUAUAGUGAUGAAGAAAAACCGACACACGUAUUUGAUUGUUUAGCUGAAUCAAUUAACAGCAUAGAAGAUCCUCCCAUUGAAGGACCAAAUCCAAAAAAUAAAAGAAAAAGUCGAUAUAAAUGUGAAGUUUGUAAUAAAGUUUUCGACAGAAAUUCUAGUUUUACUCGUCAUUUGAAAUCUCAUAAGCCAGGAGAGAUUUUUGACUUUGAAUGCGAAAUUUGUAAUUGCAAGUUUACAAAGGAAAAAAAUCUUUCAAAACAUUUAAAAGAAAAGCAUACAGAUUCCACUGAAGGAUGUUUUCCUUGUCCACAUUGUCCACGAAAAUUUUUAAAAAAAGCUUCAAGGUCGGCUCAUAUGCAAUGUCAUAAAAUUGGAUCUAGUUUUAAUAUUGGAAAAUUUGAUGUGGAAGAAGAACAAGAGAUAGAGGCGGAAGAAGUUAAACUCUUUGGAGUUGACGUAAAACCAUUAGAAAUACCUAAUUUGCAUAACCUGGAAGAUCAUCAAAUCGAAAACAGCAUAAAAAAUAUCAAAAUGGAGAACACUAAUGAUCCAGCGUUUUUGAUUUUCAGAAAAGAAGGGACAAAUUAUGACGAUAGCGAUGAAGUUGAAUUACCAAACCCCAAAAAUAGGAGAAAAGCGAUUCAUGAGUGCGAAGUUUGUGAAAAAAAGUUCGACAGAAAAUAUCGAUUACAAAGGCAUUUAAAUAUUCAUAAUCCAGAAGGUCGUCCGUUUGAGUGUCCAGUUUGCAAAUGGCGUUUUGCAUCAGAACAAAAUUUAACAAGACAUGCAAUUAUGCAUACAGCAGUUGCCGAUUGUAUUAAGCUAAAUGAUGAGAAACCCAAAAUUUAUCGAUGUUUAUACUGUCCUAGGAAAUUCGCAAAAAAAGAAUCGUUAGCAUCACAUAUGAGAGUACAUAAAGCGAAUAUGCCUCCACAAGAGGCACAAGAAAAAAAUUUCAAAUGUCAGUUUUGUCCAAAAGCUUUUUACAAAAUUACUUCUUUGACCAGACACUUAUAUACUCAUGAUGAUGAAAAAGAUUUUAAGUGCAAUUUAUGUGAUAAAAGUUUUUCCCUUCGAGGACAGUUGGUAGAUCAUAUGAAUUGGCACAAAGGAAUUAAACCAUUUCGCUGCAGCAUUUGCCCAAAAUCAUUUAAUCAGUCUUGUACAUUAAAAGAUCAUAUGCGGACGCAUAGUGGUGAAAAACCUUUUCUAUGUUCAGAGUGUGGCAAAGGAUUUAAUAACUCUUCUAAUUUGAGGCAACAUACAUUAAGACAUUCAGGUGAUAGACCUUUUAAAUGCGCUGAAUGUCCCAGCAGUUUCACUUCUAAAGGGGGCUUAAAAUCCCAUAUGAGUACUCAUACAAAACUUAAACCUCAUGUUUGCGACACUUGCGGGUCUGCCUUUACAAAGCGAUACAGUUUGAAGAAACAUAAACGUAUUCAUACCGGAGAAAAGCCGUAUGAAUGUUCAACAUGCCAUAUGAGGUUCACUUCGUCUAAUCACUUGAAACGACAUAUAAGAACUCACACUGGUGAAAAACCGUAUGCUUGUAAAUAUUGCGAGCGGGCUUUUGCUCAAAGUAAUGAUCUCGUUAAACAUUUAAAAUCUCAUUUGGGUGAUAAAAUUUACAAAUGUGAUAGAUGUGGGCAGUCCUUUAGAUUACAUACUGAACUUCGCGAUCAUCUAUAUCAACAUUAUCGCGAAGAAAAGCAGCUUCAACAGCAGUUGCUUGUCGUACAAGAAUUAAAGAAUCAAGAAAUGAAAGUUUCAAUAAAUUCUGAUAUCAAUAUAGUUAGCAAUACUAAUAUUAAUAUAGUUAAUAAUGCUGAUAACAACAUAGUUAGUAAUACUAAUAUUAGUAUAGUUAAUAAUGCUGAUAACAACAUAGUUAGUAAUACUAAUACCAACAUAAUUGUUAAUACUGAUAACAACAUAGUUAAUAAUAUUGAUAACAACAUCGUUAGUAAUGUCGAUAACAACAUCGUUAGUAAUGUUGAUAACAACAUCAUUAGUAGUGCUGAUACCAAUAUAGUUACUAAUCUAGAUAAUAAAACUAUAGUAUUAAAGUCUGAAAUCCCAGAAUCUGCAAUAUAUCCAAUGGAGUUGCAGUAUCAAUGUUCAAAUUGCGAUUCAAUUUUUCCUACUCCAGAAAUUUUACACGUACAUCAGAUUAAUGAACAUAAAAUUGAUAACUAGAAUUAAAAUUGCAUAUAAGGAUUUAAAAACCAGUUUUUUUUUUUUUUAAUCUAGGAAAACUGAUAAAUUUACAAGUUAAAGGAAUAAAAAUUUAUUUAAUGUAAA